AUGUCCGAAUCACUAUUUGAUAUUUUCGGCGAUCAUAUUACAAGACAGGCGAUGAAAAAUGUAUCGCGCCAACCUUUAUCAAAUAUUGAAAACAUGGGAAAGACCGUUUCAACGGGACCAAUUAAACCGAACGAACCAGUGAAAAAAAUUGGCGAGACAAAGAAAUCUUUCCUUUCCAAUAACGGUAAGGCUUUACAAAGUACACCAGCACGGAAAGUAUUCACGCCGAAAGCUGUUAACGUCGGUGCGCUUAUAUACAACGAUGACGACGAGAAAGUUGAAAGAGGAUGUAAAUUCGAAGAUAUGGAGUUUACAAAGCCUUCAUUCAAAUAUGAUAACUACCAAAGAGACUUAUUUGAUUACCUUCCUCUACCAGAGCAAGAAGUGGUAAGGGAUGUGUCCCCUCCUAACACUCCCCCGCCAGAAAUAAGGAGGCACUCAUUUGAUUUAGACUGCUCUUAUCAGGAUGAAUUCUUUACAGAUGAUUUUUCCUAUGGAAGUAUCGGUGAUGACGAUGACCUUCACUUGCCAGCUCUAUAC